UUAGUCGUAGCCCAGUUAGGAUUAGCAGUUCAUGCUCCGAGCACAAUCACGAGAAGAGGUCUCACUCUGUCCCAUUCUCACUCCUGCUCUGUGCCAUUAUCUCUAAAUCCACUGUGAGUGUCACAGAGAAAAUCACAGAGUUUUUCUCCGUCAGACACACACGAUCUUCCUCCUUGUGCACCGGAAGUGGGCAGCAGGUGCCGCAGGAAGUGUCUGUGUCCAGCCCUGCUUCUAGAAGAAGAGGAACGAGAAGCUAACGAUAAAAUGAGUGCUGCUGUACCCAACCAUAGAAGGACCAAGCCUGGUGGCAUAAAGCCCGGGGCGGCGAACAGCGGCGUGACGGGACCGACCUCCCAGAUCCCUGGGCUGUGCCAGACCGCCACUGAAAGCGCUCCAGUGGAGAGGAUCAGUGGGCGGCGAGUUGGGAUAUUUGAGACGGACUCGGAGUAUGUCAAGCUUGCGAAGCAGGGGGGACACAAAGGGCUGUUGAGCCACGAUGUGGACGAUGACGACAUGCCGAAGAAAACCUACAAUCCAUCCAACUGGUUUGGAGGAGAUGAGUCAAAGAGCGAAAGCAAGGAAACGUCUCCCGAUGGCCAGAUGAAGGGAGGCAGGCAGCCUCUUGCCCCGCCGUUUGGCACUGAUAACAGUACAUCCUGGGAAAGAGAGACUGAUAGAUUUACCCAGGGUAAAGAGAAGAUGUCUCCUGAUGCUCCAGGCUCUGAGAUGGAGGGUCUGACAAUAACCAACAAAUACAAAAGAAGGUCUUAUGAUAAGAAGACUACACCCGUCAGCAUGUCCAAGCUGCUGAGUCACGGCUACGUGGAGGGGCAGAAGAAGUCACUCAAUGACGACGAUGCCUCAAGUGUGACCUCAGAACAGACGAGCACUGUCGCGACGGAGGACGUGGACGAUCUGGACUAGUGAGCGCAGGUCUUGGUCCGGAGGGGGGGGGCGUCUUAACACUGAUUCAUAGUGUCACAAACCCACGAAGGCGCUGCUCUGCCCCUCUUGGAAUCACUCGCAUUUACUGUACAUCCACUGACUGUUAUGUUUUUGUACUCAUGUUUAUGCAAAGGUACUGUCCUCUCUCCCUAUUUAUUUGCUUUAAUUUGUAAAAAGAAGUCAGGCGGGUUUUAUGUUUGAGUAGAACUGUCGGUGCUCACGGUGUCUUUUAUUUGUUUUGUCGUUCCUCGAUUUGAAAGACGAGUCGUGUGCAGGGCUGGAAACUAACAGGCUGGUCGUUUCCGCCUCAUUUGCCGUUAGUUCCCCUCCCUGGUUGUAUGAAGAUCGAGUUAGUGAAGUAACCAAGUGUUUGUGCUUAUAAAUUGUGGUUCCAGUGACGUGACAUAUUUUUUCUUUUUGACCAAAUGCUCCUGCUGUCUGAAGGGAUGCUACAGGUUUGUGUGUUUGCUGAUGCGGGGGCAAAUACGCUCAUUCGCUGAGACAGCAGCCUUGCGGCUGUGACCACGUGCUAAAACGAAUGCUGAUGGCCACAGCCGCCACAGUUUGUUUGGACCAAAAGUGAUUUUUUUUUUUUUUUCAGCUUGCCGCUUUGCAAAAGGUUGCCUUUUCUCGCAAACCCCUUCGCCCCACAACGCUGUCGUUGUUGAGGCUAGAAAAUCCAGAAGCAUGCACUCACAAAGACUCAUUUUUCCUCAGUAACAAGGCUCAACAGAGCAGAAUAUAACAAAGAACCAAAUGUUGGAGUCCAUUCCAGAUAUGUCAGCAGUUUCCCAAUCAAAGAUCUAAAUUUACUCUAUUCUCCAGGUUAAAGCCCCUCUCUGCUAAAUCAGUGCAUUUUCCUCCAGCUUAAAAAACCCAAAUCCCACACAACAGAUAAAACAUCCUGGACAACUUUGGGGAUAACGACUUCCUUCUGCAGGCCGACAAGCUGAAAGUCAAUUCCAGUGUAAUUCCCAGUGACGAUUAAGGCAGGAGAGGAUUUUUUUUUUUCCCCUUCGUCUUUUUUUAAGUGAGUUCUGAACGUGCCAACCAAGCAGUUUUUUUCCCUGCUCAUGCAGUGUUUAGACUUCGUAGACAUCAGUAGGAAGAAGUUAGUGUUAGUGCACAGCCCAGUCAUGCUGAGCCCUCCACCCCAUGACGCGAUGGAGAGUUUAUUCUGAUCAGAUGAGAGGAACGAUUACUGCUGCAGCAUUAAAGGCAAGGAAAACUUUUGUUCAUGUAACAUUUAAGAUAUGCAUCAUAUAAGUAUAAAAAGUUAUAAUAAAAUAGCCUAGAAAUGUACUUUUCGGUUUGAAAUGCAUUGAUGCCAAUAGACUAAAUGGCACAUAGCCAUGUUUAGUUUAAAAGUCUGUAUAUAUGUGUGUGUGUGUGUGUGUGUGUGUGCGCGCGUGUGCGUGUACCUUCUUCCUCCCACUUAAUAUGCCGACAUCAGUCGAGAGGCAGUGUUGAAUCUUUAGAUUUUAACUUACCAAUGCAUUGUAUUCAAGGUGAUAAUGUCCCUGUGUUUGAUGUAAUUCCCCAAAUUAAAUGCAGGAGACUUUCAGGACCUGAAAUGCUCAGUUUAGGAGCAGACUGAUGCUAUAAAAGUUGAAAAGCUCCAUCUCCUCCUCUUGUUGCAACAUUAGUUUGACUGUCAGGAUGUCCAGGGGAAAAAAGUAAUGGAUUUCUGUGUUUGAUGGACAUUUUCAGCUUUGAGUCAUUUAAUAGUUUUAACUUUUGAGGCGUAACCGUGACAGAAGAAAUCCUAAUCCUUCAGGGACAUUCGUUUGGGGGUGGGGGUGUUGCUCUUAAAAUGAAAAGGAUAGCGGUGACGUGUUUCUCCUAAUACAUCCAACAAAUUCAUCACCUGUGUGUCAGAAAUGCUGCAGCAGUAACGGACUCUCGUUUGGAAAGAAUUUAAAACCCUUACAAGGGAUGUUUCAUGUUCAACACGGCUGUCUGGUUUUAAUAUAUUUAAUCAGUGAUGCAUAAUUUAUCUCUGUGUGGUGUUUCCAACAUGUUUUACCGGCACGGUGUUUUACUUUGCAGUACAAGGAACGUCGAAUGUAUCAUCUUUUGAAACGGUUUGCUUUGAAGAGCGGGUUUAUUUUUAACAAGCUGUUAAAUAUUCAGGUAUUCACAGUUAUUAAAAAAAGCAGUGUUUUGUCAUGUGUCUUCCUCGGCUCCGUGUGAGCCGGUGGCGUUAUCGGUUUACAAACCAGUAGUGGGAAACCUUUUAGUGGCUUAACUUUGCAGCUUCCUUCCUGAAGUCUUGUCACUCGUCUUGCUUUCUAUCUGCAAGUUUACUUAAGGUGCACCAGAGGAGACGGAAGAAGGCAGCUGUUAAACAGAGACCAUGCUUACGUUUAGGACCGCACACAGACUCUUUAAUUGUCAUUUAAAUAAAUGGGCAUGUGCAUGUA